CGGUUGGACGGUGUCACGGAGCGGGACCAGAGUCUCCGCUGCCCCUCAACAAGUUCCCAAAACACUCAUUAACCACCCGAAGCGUCUCACAGCCAGGCCCCGAGCCUGACCGAGGCUCCGGAGUCUCAGUUACACCGACACAAGCGCCGAGAAGCCCCGACACCGAGCCGGGAGUCCCAGCCCUUUACAGCUCCGCGGGGCCCGGCGAGGUGCGGCGGGAGCAGAUGGAGCCUGCACCGGCGAAAGCGAAGCCACAGGGCCGGCUCCUGGUGUCCACCCCGCUGGACGCCAAAGACGAAUUAGAGGAGAGAUUGGAGCGUUGUGUUGGGAUCGUCCAGGCGUUGACCAAUGGGCUGUCAGAGAGAGAAGCCAAUGAUGCACUGACUGCCAACGUGUGUAAAGGUCAGCAGCAGCAUGAGGAGGUGUGUCUGGGUCUGUUCACUCUGGUCCUCACUGAACCGACCCAGGCUCAGAGGUGUUACAGAGACCUGACGCUGGUCAACAGAGACGGGAUGAACAUCGUCCUGGUAAAGAUCAACCAGAUCCUGAUGGAGAAGUUCCUCAAGCUGCAGGAUGUCCCCAGAACACAGCUAGUGUGGCUGGUCAGAGAACUGGUGAAGAGCGGAGUGAUGGGAGCUGACGGUGUCAUCAUGACGCUGCUGAAACAGAUUGCAGGUGGAGACAUUUCAACCAAGAACCUGUGGCUGGCCGAGAGCGUCCUGGACAUCCUGCUGGAGCAGAAGGACUGGGUGCUGAAGAGCGGGAUGCUGAUCGCCAUGUCAGUCUACACCUACCUCCGCCUCAUCGUUGACCACGGAGCACCGAACCUGCUGCCUCUGCGGCAGAAAGAAGUGGACUUCUGCAUCAGCAUGCUGAGAGAGAAGUUCAUGGAGUGCUUGAUCAUCGGCAGAGAUCUAGUUCGUCUUCUUCAAAAUGUCGCUCGCAUCCCAGAGAUGGAGCUGCUAUGGAAAGACCUGCUGCACAACCCACAAGUCCUCAGUCCUCAGUUCACUGGUGUCCUGCAGCUGCUCACAGCUCGGACCUCGAGGAAGUUUCUGGCCUGUCGACUCACACCGGACAUGGAGACAAAGCUGCUGUUCAUGACCUCCAGGGUGCGUUUUGGGCAGCAGAAGCGGUAUCAGGACUGGUUUCAGAGACAGUACUUGUCCACAGCGGAGAGCCAGUCGCUGCGCUGCGAUCUCAUUCGUUACAUUUGCGGAGUGGUCCAUCCAUCCAAUGAGGUGCUAAGCUCUGACAUCCUGCCCCGCUGGGCUAUCAUUGGCUGGCUGCUCACCACCUGCACGUCAAACGUGGCUGCCUCCAACGCCAAGCUGGCACUCUUCUAUGAUUGGCUGUUCUUCAACCCUGAGAAGGACAGCAUCAUGAACAUAGAACCAGCCAUCCUGGUGAUGCAUCACUCCAUGAAACCUCAUCCUGCCAUCACGGCCACGCUGCUGGACUUCAUGUGCAGGAUCAUCCCUCACUUCUUCCCUCCGUUGGAGUCUCAGGUCCGUCAAGGCGUCUUCAACUCGCUCACCUUCAUUAUGGAGAAGAGGGUGCUGGCUCACCUCGCUCCACUCUUUGACAAUCCAAAGUUAGACCGAGAGCUUCGAUCGAUGCUCAGAGAGAGAUUCCCCGAAUUCUGCAGCCCACCAUCCCCCCCCACUGAAGUCAAGAUGGAGGAAGCCGUUUCCAUGGAGAUGGACAACCAUGUGUUGGACAAGGAGGAUGGUUGCUAUGACACCACAGAAGCCACAUUCAGCGACGACGAGGAGGAAGUCAACAACAAAGGAAAGAAGAGGGAGUUCAGGUUCCAUCCAAUCAAAGAGGCGGUGAUGGAGGAGCCUGCUGACAUCACACCUUGGCUGGACCAAUUAGACGACACGAUGAAAGAGAAGGUGCAGCAGAUUCAGAAGACCAGUGACACGGAGACUCAGUGUGAAGUGAUGCAGGAGAUCGUCGACUUGAUCCUGGAGGAGGACUUUGACACAGAGCAGAUGUCGGCUCUGGCUUCCUGUCUGGCUGAACUCUUCAAAGAUCAUUUUAGAGGAGAUGUUCUACCAGAGGAGAUCACAGAGGAGUCUCUGGAGGAGUCGGUCUGUAAGCCCGUCUGUUUGGUCUUCAGGAACCUGGUCACCAUGCAGGAGGACAACAGCGGCUUCUCUGUGCUGCUCGACAUGUUGGCUGAACUUUAUCAGAAGCAGCCCAAGAUUGGUUACCACCUGCUGUACUACCUGAAGGCCAGUAAAGCAGCCAAUGGGAAAAUGAUGCUGUACGAGUCGUUUGCUCAGGCAACGGCACUCGGUGACCUGCACACCUGUCUGAUGAUGGACAUGAAGGCGUGUCAGGAGGACGACGUCAGGCUGCUCUGCUACCUCACACCCUCCAUCUACUCUGAGUUUCCAGAUGAGACGUUGCGAAGUGGCGAACUGCUCAACAUGAUUGUCGCCGUCAUCGACUCUACGCAGUUGCAGGAGCUGAUGUGUCACGUGAUGAUGGGGAACCUGGUGAUGUUCCGGAAGGACUCGGUUCUCAACAUCCUCAUUCAGUCUCUGGACUGGGAGACCUUCGAACAGUACAGCACCUGGCAGCUGUUUCUGGCCCACAGCAUCCCGCUGGAGACCAUCAUCCCCAUCCUGCAGCACCUCAAAUACAAAGAACACCCUGAAGCCUUAUCGUGUCUCCUGCUGCAGCUCCGCAGAGAAAAGCCCAGUGAGGAGAUGGUGAAGAUGGUCCUCAGCCGUCCCUGCCACCCAGAGGACCAGUUCACCACCAGCAUCCUGAGACACUGGGCGUCAAAAUAUGACGACACGCUUGGAGAACAUAUCAAGGCCCAGCUGAUCAAGAACAAUAACCAGCCACGCAAGAGACAGAGUCUCCGCAGUUCGAGCAGCAAACUGGCUCAGUUGACUCUGGAACAGAUCCUGGAACACAUGGACAACCUGAGACUGAGUCUGAGCAACACUAAGAACAACUUCUUCACUCAGACUCCGAUUCUUCAGGCUCUGCAGCAUGUUCAGGCCAGCUGUGAUGAAGCACACAAGAUGAGGUUCAGCGACCUGUUCGCGCUCGCUGAGGAGUACGAAGAUUCUCAGGCGAAGCCUCCGAAGUCUCGCCGUAAAGCUCCCGCCUCCUCGCCGCGCUCCAGGAAAGGAGUGGCUCCGCCCACCAACAACGAGGAGGAGAGCGCCUCCAGCAGCGCCUCGGAGGAGGAGGACUCGAAGCCCAAAGCUCCGAAGAGGAAGAGGAAAGGCUCAUCGGCCGUCGGCUCUGACAGCGACUGACGGAUCCUCUGACCAAUUACACGCCAGCUGCCACAGAGACCGCCAGCCAACCAGCCACUCCGCCCGCCGGAAGAGGCCCCGCCUCCCCCCGAUGACACGCACUGAUCGCCACGAGGGGUGGGGCUCUGAGACACCACAGACUUUAAAUCCAUGUGAUGAACUGACCCUCACGGGCUGAGACUCAUUGUGUUUCCAUGGAGACGAGGACCGAGCGGGUCGACGGUUGCCGUGUGGCUGAUUUCCCAGGAUGCACUGGGAGGAAAACUAUGAACUCUGAAACCAAACAGAUUUUUAACAGCGGACACGACGACGAUGAUGAUGAUGAUGAUGAUGAUGAUGACGACGAAGACGAUGCGGCUGUUGGUGGCUCUUGUCUUAUUCUUCUUUUUCAGUCAAACCUGUUGUUUCAUCACAUCUUCAUAUAAAACUGAUGUUUGUUUCUGAG